UCCCAAAACCCUAAUUUCUCACAUCUGUAAAAGAAAUUUCUCCAUAAACUUAACCCACCCCAUAGAAAAAAAAGAAGACAAAAAAGAAAUACCAAUUUCUUUUGUGCAGGUAAUUAAGAAUGUUUUAGAAGAAAUUCAAGUGAAAUUAAGUCUUUUGUCUCAGAAGCUCGUACCUGUCGUGGUCAGCAAGAUUCAAGUGUCUUACUUCUUCUCCUUUUAACUGUCGGAAUCUCUCUCUCCUUACAGAAUCUUCAGAUGGAGGAGAGAGAAGGAACCAGCAACAUGAUAACCAGUUUUGGUCUGAAACAACAUGUAGCUCCUCCUCCUCCUCCUAGUGGUGGUGGUGUCUACCAAAUGGACCCACCACGGUCGGAAAACCCUAACCCUUUUCCGGCGGGACUACCCAACACCACCGCCGCCGCCGCAUCUGCCUCCGCCGUGGCGGCUAAAGCUACUGAGAAUGCUGCUCCUCCUUUCAGCUUAACAAUGCCGGUGGAGAAUUCUUCUGCUGAGCUGGCGAAGAAGAAGAGAGGGAGACCGAGAAAGUAUAACCCCGACGGCUCACUCGCCGUGACUCUUUCUCCGAUGCCACUCUCCUCCUCCGUUCCUUUGUCGACGGGGUUUGCUUCUCAGAAACGAGGAAGAGGGCGUGGGAGAGGAAGAGGACGAGGUCGAGGACGCGUGGAGCAGCCUCCCAACAACAACAGUUGGGUCAAGAAUCCUCAAAUGUUCGAAUUCCAAAACAGUUCUCCUGUUGUAGGAGCUGCAGAUGUUGUUACUAGUGCAAGUUUUACUCCUCAUGUGCUCACAGUAAAUGCCGGCGAGGAUGUGACGAUGAAGAUAAUGACAUUCUCUCAACAAGAAGGCUCUCGUGCUAUUUGCAUUCUUUCCGCAAACGGUCCCAUUUCAAAUGUUACACUUCGUCAAUCUACCACUUCUGGUGGUACUCUUACUUAUGAGGGUCAUUUUGAGAUUCUUUCUUUGACGGGUUCGUUUAUACCAAGCGAGAGUGGAGGAACCCGAAGCAGAGCUGGAGGGAUGAGUGUGUCUCUUGCUGGACCUGAUGGUCGUGUCUUUGGUGGUGGUCUCGCUGGUCUUUUCAUAGCCGCUGGUCCUGUUCAGGUAAUGGUAGGGACUUUUGUUGCGGGGGGUCAAGAAGAAACGCAGCAGCAGCAGCAGAUGAAGAAACAAAGAGGAGAAAGAUUUGGGAUCCCGACUACAACACAAGCUUCUAACAUCUCAUUCGGUGGUGGCUCAGCUGAAGAUCCAAAGGCUAGAUACAACGGCCCAAACAAGCCUGUUGUUAUUCAGCCACCACCCGUGUCCGCACCACCUAUGUCCUUUCAGCAUGAGCAGAGUACUAACGCAGCCCAAGGUUACUACAGAAACAACACUGCUGACCAUAUAAGGGAUCUCUUCUCUUCUCUCCCAGGAGAGGAUGACGAAGAAGAUGAGGAGAACUUAGAAGGUGAAGAUGGUGAAGAUUUUGGAGUCCAUACUGAAUCUGACACCGAGGUUCCAAGUUGAUGGUUAUUUGAGAGAGUGAAUCCGAACAACAUCGAUCGUGAUCUUGAGAUUCUUUAGUCUCUAAUGGGUUUUUAUUUUUCUUGAGAUUUUAGUCGUCUUAUUUAAACAGAGAUAUCUCUUACUAAAGAGUUAGGGUUUGUUAGAGGAUAUGUAAUAUCUUUAGGGUUUUUUUGACUUGGUUACUCCCAAGUGGUUGUUGUAGAAUUGCGAAACUUAUGUGUGCUCUCUCUCGUUCAGUUCACUCUUUAAUGACUUUCAUUUUGACAA